GGCGUUGUACGCGCCAUGUUGAGCAGUUUGCGCUAGGUUCUAUUUUAGAACCUAAUUUGUUUCCCGAACCGCAACAAGUAUGCCCGCUUGAAAAUUGCUGCCAUGAAGUGCCCGCUUUUGGCACCGUUCACUUCAUGCUGUGACUGUUCGAUGGGCAUGAAACCAGCGCCAUUCGACAGCUGAUGUAACAGGCUUUCUGUUGAACCCACCCAGUGUGUGUGUUGCUCGAUUAUUGCGUGCAAAAGUUGCAAAAGAGUGUGUGUUUUUCUAUCAACUUCGCGGGAGAGAGCAUUUUGACAGAAUUUUUUUUUUUUUGAGAGAGAAUGGGAACUGGCUUCCUCAAGAGGCACCCACGGGUGUCGGAGCGUACGACUCGCAUCUACGAGUCAAACAGAAUCACCGAGGACAAGGAGCCUCGCAUCGUCGAGUUCUACAAGAAGUGGGCAGCUUUCCUCGACGAGCACAAGCCGGAGGCCGACCACGUGCACAACACUGACGAGACAGGGACCACACUGCAAGGCACGAAGACGAUGAAGGCCUUCGCGGAGGCAGAGCAGAAGGUGGUUGAGUCGAUGCUGUCCAACUCGCGAGAGAACACCACCGUGGUCACCACCAACAGCGCCAACGGUGCCACGUGGGCGCCAACCACUAUCUUCAAAGGACAGCAACUCCAGCCUGACUGGUUCGCCGAGAGGAACGGCCCGAAGGAUGCGAGGUACACGUGCGCGAACUCUUCGUUCAUGCAGGGCGACGUGUUCAUCAAGUACCUCAAGGACUUNCUCUAUCUCACCUGUGCUGCGCGCCCUCGCACCUGUUCCAUGUGGACCACACUGCAAGGCACGAAGACGAUGAAGGCCUUCGCGGAGGCAGAGCAGAAGGUGGUUGAGUCGAUGCUGUCCAACUCGCGAGAGAACACCACCGUGGUCACCACCAACAGCGCCAACGGUGCCACGUGGGCGCCAACCACUAUCUUCAAAGGACAGCAACUCCAGCCUGACUGGUUCGCCGAGAGGAACGGCCCGAAGGAUGCGAGGUACACGUGCGCGAACUCUUCGUUCAUGCAGGGCGACGUGUUCAUCAAGUACCUCAAGGACUUCCACAAGCAGCUUGACGAUCGAGGCGUGCUCGACAGAAAGCCGCACAUCCUCGUGCUUGAUGGGCAUGCCUCACACGUGAGCUACGAGGUCAUCAAAUUGGCCAUGGAAGUCAACAUCAUCCUCUUCCAGCUGCCCUCCCACACGUCGCACAUCACCCAGCCGUUGGACGUCGUCGCUUUCGGAACCUUCAAGAAGGAGGUGACUAAAGUGCUGCAAGACUACUACCACGCAAACGGCGGGUUGUUAUCGCUGAAGCGUGACGUGCCCGGCGUGAUCGCGGCGGCUUGGCGAAGGAGCUUUACACCGGAGCGGAGCAAAGCAUCCUUCGGCGGGGCGGCGCUGUGGCCCGUGGACAUGGAUCGAGCACUACCGCCCGGGCUUCAGGGCACGGCGAAGAGGAAAGAGGGGCCGACCGGGCGCCCACCCCUAGAGGAUGUCCCCAUCGCCAUGACCCAUGAGCAGCUGGAAGAGGCAAUCGGAGCGAGGGGCCUGAGGCAGUUGAAGGCGGGAGGACGUACCAUUAUCGGACCCAAGGUAGGCACGGUGAUGCUCGGCGGUCUCCUGACUCAGAGGAAGCGCGCCAAGAAACUGGCAACCUCGCGGGGCUCUUUGGGCCUUCCCGACGGAGGCAACACCAACUCGGAGGAAUUCUUGGCAAAGGUUGACGCAAAGGAACGCGCAGACAAGGGAGAGGCCGAGGCGAAAGCGGAGAGGGGCAGGGAGCGCGCAAGGAAGAAGGAAGAGGAGGGCGCGGGGGCGGCGGGGGGGUGACGCGGCCGAACAGGGGCUGGAAGAGGGGCCUCACCUGGCCGUGGUCAAGGAGCGGCUGCAGCACAAGGGGCGGCUUUGCCCGUUCGCCAGCCGGCACCCUCCUUGUCCCGGGUUGGACGGCAGCGGACGCCGACACCCGUUGUUGACGUGUAGCCGCCUAUGAGGCUCUCCUUGGUUUGUUUUCUACCACACUCUGAGUAGGACAAAUCAAGCUACAAAAGUCGUCAGUUUCUACGUGGAGUCGAUACGCACCCUGUUGUACGUUGCUUGUUGGUGGUAGCGUAGGCAACGGUGGCGUUAUAGCAUGCCAAUGGGGCGGGCGGGGGCGGCGGGGGGCGUUUGACCGAACACCGGGGAUGUCGUGAUUCUGUCCCCGGGUGACCUCCUUUUUUUUUUUAUGCGAUCAAUGUUUCUCAUUCAUGUCUGAAUGCUCCCUCCAAGUUUUAUGUCGUGGGGAUAUAGGAACAGUCCAGAAUAGACUAUCCAGGGUAAGUGGUGUACGGGGCUGAUUCUUGCCGUGGCGGCACGCAAAGUACCGAAAAUAUACCCAUUUUUGAACAACUAUUUCUUGACCGCAACAACUCCUUU